GAUCACCAGAGUGUUUGGUCAGCAUUCAAAAGAACUGGAAGCAACAUUACGCCAAUACAACCAAAACUACCGCGGGUAAGAAAUGAUAAAGACCCUCAUGCGCGUUUAGAAUGUGGAAAAGAACUUUCGCGGGGCAGAGAUUCGUGCAAAAAGCGACAUUGGGAACAGUCACACAAAGAAGAUAAAACAAACAGAUACAAAAAUAUGAUUGUCCCCAAAAAUCAUGAAAGGGCUAGAGCUUUAUUAAAAGAAAGAGCCUCAUCUAAAAAUCUUCCUUCUACAUCCUGCUUUUGUUAAGAUGAUAUUGAAUUCCUUGAUGUUGAUGUUGAUGAUCAUGAUGACGAGGAUGAUCAUAAUGAUGUCCCUUUCCUGGAAGAGAAUAUUGCCACUACAAACACCCAAUCUCCCAUGGAUAUGGAACAAGAUUGUGAUCUUUUAAUGGGGGUAACACACCAGAUGAAACGUCAGUCUUGGUUACUGAGCCACCAGUCUCAGCUGGAAGUCUGAAGAAAUCAUCAGUGCAGUCAACAUUGUCAGCAUUUAUUGUCCCCAAAGAGAAACCCCAAGCUGCAAUGGAGCAAAUUCAGAGUGGCAUUAAUGAACUUUUAGUAAAAAUUGAGAGCUUUCAACUUAAAGAAAACUAUGUGAAAGUGAACAGAUCAGAUUUGGAUUCCUGUAAUACCACAGUACUGCAAUCUACCAAAAGUCUUUUGGACAUUUCCCAUCCGGAUAUUAAAGUUGAAACCACUACUGAUGGGUGUCGCAUUACAUGUGUUCCAUGUAGUGAAUAUGCAAUGUCCCGAGUCACUACUAAUUUGUAAGCAAAAAUUCUAUUAAUUUAUAAAUUAUAUAUUAAUUAAGGGCAAAAUAAAUCCAAUAUAUUCACCUACAUUUCAAUAUACUCAAAUUACUUUCAUCUCUUUAUUAGUACUUCGGAAAAUUCCUGGUCAUUGGGUAUGGUUUAUCGUAAAGAGAAAACGAUAAAGUUGAUAGCAGGAAGCAACCAGGACUGGUACAAUCUCAAGCAAUCCCUGAUUGAACACAUCAGUUGCCAUCCCACUAGAAGUUCUGGCCAAACACACUUAAAGGCAAAGCAAUAUGUCGAGGAGCCAUAUUUGUAGACCUUAGGAAGGCGUUUGACACCGUAGACCACUCCCUACUUUUGGCCAAGUUGGAGAGUUACGGCGUAGUUGAAAGUGAACUUGAGUGGUUUAGUAGUUACGUUAACGAUCGAUCGCAAAUAGUUACCUUUCAGAAUAUGCAAUCAUUGCCAUGUAAUAUUUCGUCGGGAGUACCACAGGGGUCUAUUUUAGGGCCCCUACUGUUCGUCCUGUUUAUUAAUGAUCUUCCAGCAGCUGUUCAACAACGCAAUGUUAUGAUGUAUGCCGAUGACACGGGCUGGAAAAUUUGA